CCCCCGGGGCUCCUGUUUCUUUAAGGCCGGAUUUCACGGCUCUCAUUCGGCUGACUGGUGCCACGCUGCGGCGCCUGCUCAGUGCGUCCUGGACCUGGAGCUUUCUCUGUCUUAUUAUACAGUGACUGUGUGUGUGUGAGAGAGAGUGUGUGAGAGAGAGUGUGUGUGUGAGAGAGAGAGUGUGUAACAUAUGGAUUGAAGGCUAUUGUUGUCAGCCCGGGUGGUUUGUUCUGCACUUUCACCGGAGAAUGCCCAGAGGAACCGGAGCUGUGUUCCUGCACGGAUAGCGCAGAAAUACACCCGAGAAACACGAUAUUGACAUGAAGAAAGACAUCGAGACUCUAAUCGCAGAGGAACGUGCUGACAUCAUCUCGAAAUAUGCUACGGGCAGGCAGGGCGGGGUGCAGAUCGACCCCUGGGAAGAUCCCGACUUCAGCAUCUACAAAGUCAUCGACCGCUUCGGCUUCAUGCAUGAAGACGAGCUGCCGGCCCCGACGGCACACGAGGAAAAGAGGAAGCAGCUGGAGAUCGAGAGGGUGGAGAAGUGGCUGAAGAUGGUGAAGAAGUGGGACAAAUACAAGAACAGUGACAGGAUGGUGCAGCGGGUGUAUAAAGGCGUCCCGCUGCAGCUGAGAGGCCGAGCCUGGGCGCUGAUGCUGGACGUGGAGCGGCAGAAGAAGGAGAACGAGGGGAAAUACGAGAAGAUGAAGGCGCAGGCGUUGCUGUGCUCGGCUGAGAUCAAACAGAUCGACCUGGACAUCAACCGCACCUUCAGAAACCACGUGAUGUUCAUGGAUCGCUUCGGAGUCAAGCAGCAGGCUCUCUUCAGCGUCCUCUCUGCAUACUCCGUCUACAACACAGAGGUGAGCUACUGUCAGGGGAUGAGUCAGAUCGCCGCUCUGCUGCUGAUGUUCCUGAACGAGGAGGACGCCUUCUGGGCGCUGUCGCAGCUGCUGACACACCACACACACGGCAUGCACGGGUUUUUUGUCCCGGGUUUCCCCAAACUGCAGCGGUUUCAGACUCAUCACGAUCAGGUCAUUUCCAAACUCAUCCCCAAGCUGAAGAAACAUCUGGACAGGGAGCAGAUGUCUGCGGGGAUCUACAGCACAAAGUGGUUCCUGCAGUGCUUCAUCGACAGGACGCCGUUCACGCUAACUCUUCGUCUCUGGGACAUUUUCAUCCUGGAGGGAGAGAGGCUGCUCACCGCCAUGUCUUACACCAUCCUGAAGAUACACAAGAGGCGCAUGUUGAAGAUGUCUCUGGAGGAGCUUAGAGAGUUUCUGCAGGAGAGAAUCGCUCAGACGUUUUACUUCAGCGACGACGAGGUCAUCGAGCAGCUGCAGAGCUCCAUGAUGGAGCUGAGGAAGAGGAAGCUCGACCUUUCUCCUCCAGGAAAGCCAGAGGAGCGUCCCCGUCUGCCUCUGGGUCUCGAGCUGCCCCCCCCAAGAGGGAAGACCUCCGCAGCCGGCCUCAGCCUGAACAUCAUCGACUCCCCUGACCAGAGCCCCUCCAAGGACCCCCGGGACCUGGACCCUGAGCAGGAGGAGGAGUCCAGGGUCAUCAUCCACAGCCAGCUCCCCCCCGACGGCUCCCCGCUGACGGGCCCUCCGCCUUACCGGCCCCCGGAGGAAACCCCAGAUAAAAACACAGAUCAAUGCUCCCCUUCCUCCACAGACGACUCCUCUCUCGCGGCCCCUCGCUCCUGCAGGAUCCCGCGGACCCUCUCGGCCCCCGUGAUGCACCUCGCCCCCCCGCAGAGUCUGUCUGCGGAAGAGGAGAGGGCGGAGGACCGGUACCUGGAGCAGCUGCUGGAGCAGGCCUCCAAUCUGCCCGGCAACAGGAACCAGAACCAGAACCAGGACUCAAAGGAAGCGUCAGAGGAAACUCAGGCGGAGGAUGUUUCAUGAAAUCAGCUCUGAUCACGAAGCGGCUCCGUUAAAUGUUCCAGUUUGGUUUACAUACAUAAUGUUGAUGCAGAACUACAGAAGUAUAGUCAGAUUAUCAUUGGUUAUAUAUUUCUCAAUUUUCCAAGGAAGCAUUGGAAGAAAUUUAGGCUGCGGAUAUUUCAUGAAAAUGUAAAGCACGGAUCAGCUCCGUUUAAAUGUUCCAGAACUACAGCAGUAUAGUCAGAUUAUCAUUGUGGAGCAAUAAUAUGCUUAAAAUAUGUCAUGUUUUCAGGACAUACAAUCAUUUUGGUCAUAUAUGUCCCAGUUUCCCAAGGAAGCAUUGGUAGAAACUUAGGCUGCGGAUAUUUCAUUCGAUCUGAAAUGAUCAGUGAUUGAAAGCAUCAGCUCCGUUAAAUGACCUGCAGAUUCAGGCACUUUGGAGGUUUACAGUAAUAUGUUGGUGAGACACUACAGAAGUAUUGUCAGAUUAUCAAUGUGAAGCAAUAAUUGCUUAAAAUAUGUCAUCAGUUUCAGGAUCAGUAAUUAUUUUUGAUGAUAUGAUUUGUAGAUUUUCCUGGGAAGCGUCCGAGGAAAUGAAGGCUCUGAAUAUUCCUUGAAAGUAGCAGCGAUUUAUUCGAUUAUCUGCACAAAUCGUUUGGUAUUAAAUGUUCUGUAAAGGUACAGAUGAAGCACUUUGGUGGAUGGAUGACAUGAGAAUUUUGGCGAAGAACUAUAGAAAUAUUAUCGAGCAAUAAUCACUUAAAAAUGUGUCAUCAGUUUCUGGAACAAUAAUCAUUUUGGUUAUCUUUUUAGAGACAAGGUAAACAACUAACUUUCUGUAACUUUCUAAAAAACGUAAUGAUGAAGAAUAUUUCCUCCAUUCAAGUGUUUAUAAUAUAAUAUAUAAUAGUGACAGUUUGUCAAAUGUUGCUUAUCAUAUCCUACUUAAUUUAAAUCUUCACGAGUAAAUCUGCAACCUGAGGGUGUGAAGUCCAAAAUAUGUGGGAUGUUAUCCAAGAAGGGAGGGACUAUGAGAAAUUCUGUUGUGUUGCAUUAUGGGAAGUGUAGGAUGUUGGUGUUUUUUGGCGCUUGAUAUAAUUGGGAUUGAAAUGUGGCCAUUGUGUUUUUAAACUGUCUUCCAACUUUAUGUAGAUGAAAUACUGACCAUGAUCAUAUAUCUCAUCAAAAUGUAAAUAAGAGUCAAUUAGAGCGAGGAGGCGCAACUCUUGUUAAAGACAGAAUACUUGGCAAAAAAAUCUGAUUUUAGUCAUUACAGUACGUGUUACUUGUUAGACGCUUUUAUCCAAAGCGACCUACAUACUCAAUACUGUGGACAAUAUCCCCACAGGAGCACUUUGGGGUGAAGUGUCUCAGGGACACAACGACAUGCUGACGGCCCGUCCACACAGCGACGUGUGUUGAAGCUUGCCGGCGGGCGUGUCUGAAACUCGACCAACAACCAAUCACAUGAAUCUCCCGCCCCGGACACACAAGCACGCGGU